UUUGAGCUGUGUAUUAAAUAUUGGUAAUUGGUUGGAACAAAUAAAAUUCUAAUUACUCUUGACUCUUAAGUAUCUUAACAUGAGCACUUAUUGGGCUUUAUUUCUUUUUCCUGUGCAUGGAAAUAUGGUGCUAGUUCUAAGACAGUGCCACCCUUAUUACAACAUUUUCUUGUAUGGUAGUAGAGAAUCUCAGUCACAUGGUCAAACUGAUAUUGUAUCAUGAAGAAAACUAGAUCUCAAUGUUGUAUUGGAUUGAGCAAGGAGUUACUAUUAUCGUUUUAACGUACUAUGUGCAAGGAAGAUAUGUCCUUGAUUUGUAUAUCUGGCGCAAAAUUGUCUACUAUAGUCCUUAGAGAUACUUAAAAUGGAAAGCCAUUACAGCUAACGAACACAAAAUGGAUUGCAAACUUGUCAUUUGGUUUUGGGCCAAAAAUGCAUUCUUCAGACUUAGGUACUCCCUAAUCUCAGAAAUGCCAUUAGGAAUUUAAGUACAUUAGUGUGGUGACAUGACCGACAUAUAAACCAGAUCACAUCUGGAAUUAGCACUAGGAAGAGGAGUCAGUUUUGUGGAAAAUCUCACUGUUUUGUUCACUAAGUUGCCACUUAGAUGAGAAUACGUAUUUGUAAUUCCUGUUACCCAUGUUUUAAUCAUUCUUGUAACUAAUAUUGAUGUGAAGCUGCAGCUAUCUGUUAACUUAAAAUAUUAGUAUUAUUGUUGUCAUUAUUGAGCCAUCUUGAUUAUUUAUUUGAUUACAAGUACAUGGGAUUUUCUUGUUCUUAAUAUCCUAGUCACUAGUGCCGGUAGAUAUGAGUAGUCAUUGAAGAGUGUCUGUGAGGAACUUCUUUAUAUGCUGAUCAUUAUGAAGUUCUAAUUGUUAAUGUGCCUAUAGUGUAUUCAUGAAAUUCCACAAAUUCUUAUUUGAUUUUGUUAUGCCACAUGUGUACUAUGUAAAUUAUGUUCUCUUGCUAGUUAGUAUUGAUCCUGGAGGUUUCCCUACGCAAUGUGAGCCCAUUUUUAAGAAGAGAGUCUUUAAUUAUUGGGAUAGAAAACCACAAUCCGAUGAGCAAUGGAAACCACAAUCCAUGGGUUCAUCACUGUCUAUUGCAAUGGAUGGUGAUUGAGAGAGAAUAGUACCUGCUAGAACAACAUAUGAUCCCUAUGGUGUCUUUCUCCAUUUCCACCCAUCAUUUCAGUUGCUGGUGAUGAUGCCCUCAAUUAAUUAUGGUUUUUCAUUACCCAUUGGACAUGAGCUCGUCGGCCAGUGGUUCUCAUCAUAGUUCUGAUGGAGGAGAAGGAUCAUUAUCUGGGUUAAACUUGUUCUCGAGGAACAAUUCAAAUGGUGAUAUGAUCUCAGCUUCUGCUUCAAAAAAUGCUAUAACCAGGAGACAAGAUUCGACUGGCUCUCAAAAUGGUUCAAUGAACCAAGCUAAUUAUGGAGAAGAUAUAUACAAUUCAACUGCCUUGUACAACACUUUAACCAGAAGACAAGAUUCAACUGGCUCCCAAAAUGGUUCCAUGAACCAUGCUAAUUAUGGAGAAACUCAACACAAUUCAAGUGCUUCAAUCAACACUUUGGCCAGAAGAAAAGAUUCUACUGGCUCUCAAAAUGGUUCUUUGAACCGGGCUAAUUAUGGAGAAGAUCUGUACAAUUCGAAUUCUUCAUCCUUCAACUCUAAAGGAAUGGGAUCAAUGAGUCGGCUUCAAAAUAAGAUAGAAGAUUUUCCUGGUCAUAGCUCACCCCGUGUUCAUGUUUCUUCUUCUUUGAAAAACUCUGAUUCUUCAAAGGGCUCUUUAGAAGCACCUGAACUUACUGUUGAGGAACUUCGUUCACAAGCUAUGAUGUGGGAGAGGAAUGCUCAUAAACUAGAAUUUGAACUUGAGAGUCAAAGGAAAGCACUUUCUGAUCAAUCAAGGCUCAACACCGAUAUGGAUAUGGAUAACGUAGACCUAAGAGCCGAACGCGACAGUUUAAAACUGGAAAUUGAACAAAUCAAGUCACGGGUACAAGAAUCUACAGAGAAACAGAAAGUUUCUGAUGGAGCUACUCUAAAGGAAUUAAAGGAGGAGAUAAAUUUCCAGAAGAGAUCCAACUCUGACUUGAGUUCACAGCUCAUGAAAACCCAGGAGUCAAAUAUUGAGCUGGUGUCAAUUCUACAAGAACUAGAAGAAACAGUAGAAAAGCAGAAGUUGGAGAUAGAAACACUUUCAGCACAACGUAAUGUGCUGCCAGGUCCUGAAAACUGUGGGUUAUCACAUUUGUCUGUCAAAGUUUCCGAAGAAUCUUCAGAAAAACUGGCUGAAAUUGUAGAGAUAGAGAGAGAGAAAAAGAGAUUAGAAGUCCAGCUGCAAGAGCUGGAAGAUUCAAAAGAACGAUUACAAUCAGUUGUUGAAUCAUUAGAGACAAAGCUUGAGGAGAUGGAUCAAGAAAUUCAGCAAGAAAGGAAAUUGAAGAACCAGACAGUUAUGGAUGUUGAGGAAAAGUGGGCACUCAAAAUGUCUGCUUUGGAAGAUGAGAUUGUCAAGUUACAGACCCAAGUUUCCAAUCUUCUUAGCAUUCAUCCUUCAAGUAAAAUUUCAGGGGAACUAGGCCAUGAUAAGAGUGAUCUGUUCAACGAAAUUGAGUCAUUAAGAAGAAAAGUUCAGGAACUUGAGAAAGAUUGCAGUGAAUUGACAGAUGAAAACUUGGAUCUUAUAGUUAAGUUGAAUGAAGCAAAGAAGGAUGCCAUGAAGCCUGUUGAUAAUAAUGAAACACUACGAGAGGUGUUUUAUGAAUCUGAUUCCCUAUCAACCAGUGUUCCAAAUAAAGGCUCUGAAUCUGAGGUGGGAAUUCUUAAAUCAUAUAUAUUUCACUUGGAGCAGCAGCUGGAGAAAGGUCACAAUAAUGGGUCCGGUGUUGUUGAUCUAGUUGUUAAUAUCCAAAAUGAGGAUUCUAAAUCAAAAUGUCAAUUAAAGGAGGAACUUGAAGAUUUGGUAUUGAAUUUGAGGAAGGAAAAUGAAGGUUUGAAGGAAAGUUAUGAAAAUGCUCUCCGAGACAACAGUAUCACAAGCAAGUGCUUGGAUGAUGUGCGCCAUGAUCUAAGGGUACUCACUAGUAGCCUAGAAUCUCAUGUUUCAGUGAGGAAGUCAUUAGAGAAAAAAUUAUUGGAUUUAGAAAGUGAAAAAGGUGAGUUAGAGGCUCAUUUAUCUGAACUGGAAGAAGAGAAUGUUAAUCUCUCGGAGCGUAUUUCUGGCUUAGAAGCUCAAGUAAGGUAUUUGACGGAAGAGAGGGAGUCUGGUAAAUUAGAGUUACAAAUUUCGAGGUCUCGUGCAGCCAACCUUCAGAGUGACAUAGAGAGGCUAAAACUUGAAAUGGAAAAACAAAUCAAUGAACUGAGGCAGACAUUACAAGAUGGUCAGAAGGAAGCUUCGGAUGCCCAAGAAGAAGUGCAGUACUUAAAGAGAGAGAAAUAUCGGUUGGAAGCCACGUUCGAAGCCCUUGUCAAAGAUUGUGAUUCGCUACAAAAAAUGAAUGUGGACAUGAAGAUGCAGAAAUUGGAGUUGCAUGAGCAUUAUGCUGAGCUAGAGGGAAGACUCAGAAAAAAGUUGCAUGAAUGUUCAUCGUACAUCCCCAAAAUCGAAUAUCUAGAGAUGGGUUUUUCCUCUAUGCAAAGAGAGGUUGCUUCAAAGGACCAAUCAUUCUCUAGAGAUCUAGAAGCAUUCUUUUCAGCAAGCAAGGAACAUAACGAGAAACUAAUGGCUGUUGAAAGUUUGUGUGAUCAGAUGCUUUUGGAAAAGACAAUUGAGGUCGAUCACCUCCGAAGUGAAGUAGAAAGGCUCACUACAGUGAUAUCUUCAACUGAUAAUGAAAGAAGGAUAACAGAAACCAACACAUUACUUGAAGUUUCCAGUUUAAGGGAAGACAAAUUGAAACUGGAAUCUUCUUUAGAAGAAGCCCAUGAGAAGGUGAAAUGGUUAGAAACAGAGCUGUCUAACAUUAGGCAUGAUUCUAGCAGUAGGGCUCAAGAGUUGCUAGGCAUGCUUUCUGAUUCAAAACAGAAAGAAGAAGCAGUAAUGGCUGACUAUGAGCGUAUCAAAACACUGUUGGAUGAAGUAAAAUCUAGUGAUGGAAAUUCCAAAAGAAUGGCAAAUGAAUUAGAGAUUAUGCUUAGAGCUUCUGAAAAUGAGAAACAGAAGCUUAAGGAGGAAUCUGAUGACUUGACGGCCCAAUUGGAAAGAUUAAUUAAUAUUCGGGAUGAAUUUGUGGCUCUUAAAUGCACCCUGGAUGAGAUGAGAUUGGAAAAGAGCAGGAUGGAAGCCUCUCUAAAAUUUCUAUCUACUGGUAACGAACAGAUGAAGGUAGAAAAGCUUGCACUUAUGGAAAAAAUUAGAGAUAUGCAGAAGGCUGUAUCAGAAGGAGAGGAUGCCAAGCAUAGUAAGAUUGCUUUAGAAGAAAAGAUUUUGCGAUUGGAGUGUGAUCUAACUGCCAAGGAUGCAUUAAGUGUUCAUGAAGCUGAGAUGAGGAAUGAACUUGGCAGAAUGAAGAGGGUGAAUAGCCAAUUUCUGAGGAAGAUUCAGUACCUUGAGGAAGAGAAAGAUGGAUACCUAAGAAGAGCUCAAGUUCUUGAAGAGGAACUGAAAUUGGAGGAUAAGGUCAGAAACGAGGAACUAAAUACAGGUGGUUCGAGUACCAAAGACUCGAGUGGAUUAUCUGAACAUGAUGCGAACUAUGUUUAUGGCCUCCUUGAAAGAAUACGUAGCUUAGAGUAUGAGAUGAAAAUGAACGCAGACGAUUACAAGAAGAAAGAAAGACAUCUCAACAUGAAGAUUGAGCAGUUACAAAACUUCCAUCACCAGCCUUCAAUGAACCAACAGAAUUUUGUUGGUCAGUGCGAAAGAGAGGACCACAAUCCCUUAGACGGUUGUAGGCCCCUACCUCAAGAAAUCACAAAAGGUGAUUAUAUUUGCAAUGGCCGAUUUCUAGAAACUGAAUCAGACAAAUUUUCAGAAGAAAACAAGCAGAAUGAUGUCCAGCUUCAGAACUCUUUGCCUGAGGACACCACUAUCAAAAGUUUGGGCGCAUGGAUUGAAUCUGAAAAUGAGCUGGGGGAAAAACAUGGAGACAAGAUGAAGUCUCUUGAGAUGGAAUUGAAGGAUCUUCGUGACCGAUAUCUCCAUAUGAGUUUACGGUUUGCUCAAGUUGAAGUAGAGCGUGAGGAACUAGUCAUGACAGUCAAGAAUCUCAAAAGUGGAAAGAGAUGGUUCUCAUGAACCCCAAUGGGUCUCUCUCUCUCUCUCUCUCUCUCUCUCCACUUUCUCUUUCUCUCUCUCUCUCCUCUCUCUCUCUCAUUUUUUGUAUAUUAAGAAGCAAUAAUAUCUGCCCAUCACUGGAGGGUAGCUUCAUUCUUGGUGCCAGUCCCUGUUUGCGAAAUAAGUGCAGGUAAUAUUGUUAAAAUGUAAAAACAGAAAAUUUCCGAUCAAGCUAUGGCCAGCUAUUUUAUUUUUCA